CCCUAAAAACAGAGCUGGGAGGGAAAGAGGGAUUCUUUCGCGAGGGAAAUGGCGGCACAGAGAGCUGGCCGCCGCGGGCAGGAAAUGGCGGACGAUGAAGCUCACACUCCCUUGCAAGCGAUUCUCCUGGCGGACAGCUUCACGCAGCGCUUCCGGCCGAUCACAAUGGAGCGCCCUAAGGUGCUACUCCCUCUCGUUGGCGUUCCGAUGAUCGACUACACUCUGGAAUGGCUCGCCUCGGCCGGCAUUGAGGAGGUGUUCGUGUUUUGCUGCGCUCAUGCCAAGCAAGUCACGAGCUAUCUCAAGACAUCGCGGUGGAACUUCAAGCUCACUUGCAUCCAGUCCGAUGACUGCGUGAGCGUUGGCGAUGCGCUCCGCUCGAUCGAUCAGAGAAAUGUGGUUCUGGGAGACUUUGUGCUUGUAAGCGGCGACACUGUGAGCAACAUGCCGCUCAAAGAAGUUAUACAGGAGCACAAAGCGCGAAGGACGAAGGACAAGCUAGCCGUCAUGACAAUGGUUGUCAAGCGCUGCAAGCCAUCACCAUUGACGCAUCAGACGCGCCUUGGCAAUGAGGAGCUCGUUCUUGCGAUUGAUCCGGCUACGAAGCAACUUCUCCACUAUGGUGCUCCCAACAAGCAACGCCAAUCGAUCUUGCUAGACAAAAAUUUGCUGGCUGGCAGGCAAGGUGUCCGGCUUCACCUCGACAUGCAGGACUGUCAUAUCGAUAUAUGCUCGCCGGAAGUUCUGAUGCUUUUUACCGACAACUUCGAUUACCAGCAGAUGCGGAGAGAUUUUGUUCGAGGGCUGUUGAGCGACGAGAUCAUGGGAAACAAGGUGUACACUUACGAGAUUUUUGAAGACUAUGCUACUCGGAUCGACAACUUUCGAGCGUAUGACGUCGUUAGCAAGGAUGUGCUACAUAGGUGGACGUAUCCCAUUGUUCCUGAAGUUUCCUUCUCGGACUCGCAAGCCACUGUGAAUCUGGAUCGGUGCAACAAGUACAGAGAGCAAGGUGCUACCGUUUCUAGAAAUGCAUUGAUCGGCGAAAAUACGUUCCUUGGGCAGGGUACUACAAUUGGCAGUCACAGCAAGAUCAAAAACUCAGUUAUUGGCCGGGGAUGCAAAAUUGGUGAGAAUGUGAUCGUGGAAGGAAGCUACAUUUGGGACAAUGUGACAAUAGCCGACAAUGUACAAGUUAUUCAGUCUAUCAUUUGCGACGGUGUCCUUGUCAAAGCCGGCGCCAGACUAGAGCCUGGAGUUGUUCUCUCGUUCAAGGUUACCAUUGGUGAAAGCUUCACGGUACCACAAUACUCAAAAAUAUCUCGUGUUCCUGAACCCACGGAACAAGAUAGCAGCGAUGAGGAGCUUGAGUAUGCAGAUUCAACUGGUGACGAUUCAGGUGGAAGGAUUUGUUUCGAACCUAAUGCCGACAUUUUGAUAUCGUCUAUGGUUGCAGACGAUCGGAAGAAGGAAAACUCCGUUGGCAAAGACAAUGUCAGGCAGUCUUGGUCUAGUCAAGAGGUAGGACAAGACGGAGCGGGUUAUCGUUGGUUUAAGGACGCAGUCCACGACGAAGAAUGGAAGCAGUCUGUGGCAGCCAUCAGCGGUGAGAAAAUCAAGGAACUGAUGGCCAAACAAGAGCAAGAAGAAGAUGAUAUCCAAGAUGUCGAUGUCAUUCCCGAGGAGAAACUCUUAAGUGACGAGGAAGAGAGCGUUGACGAGGACGACAACUUUGAAAAAGAGGUUGAAGAGAAUUUCAAGCGAGCGGUGAACGGAGUGAAGCUGGAGAACGUGGUUCUGGAAGUCAAUUCCCUGAAAUUGGGAUACAAUAAGGCGUUCUCAGACUGCGCUGGAGCAAUGUUUAGAGCCAUGCUGAACCUGGCUCUUGAGACGCCACAUUCUACUGCCGCCGAGCUCUUGUCGACAACGAAGCAAGUCAUCUCGAAAUGGUCGACGCUGUUCCGCAACUUCUUAAAGUCCGAGGACGACCAGAUCGAAGUUCUCCUUAAGUUCGAGGAGCUGUGUCUCGAGAGCGCUUCUGAAUUCUCUCCACUGUUUUCCAAGGUGGUGGAGGAGCUCUAUGACAAGGACUUGGUGUCGGAAGAAGCGGUGAUGUCCUGGGCGUCGGAAAAGGCCGGAGCCGAGGAAGCGGACAAGGUGUUCUUGAGGCAAUGCGAGAGCUUCAUCAAAUGGCUUAACGAAGCCGAGGAAGAAGAAAGUGAGGAGGAUUGAGAAGAAAAGCAUCAAAAAAAUGUUCGUCAAUGUUUUGCCAAGGAAACUGAGUGUUAUAGUUCCAAUUUUGCCGAUAAUCAGCUUAACUAUUGUAUUGUU